AUGUUUAUCAAGACUAGGAGACAUCUGCUGAAGAAGGGUCCGAACUUUAUGAUCGCACUUCUGGGCCUCAUCACGCUUGGGGCAUUCGCCAUCGACCCUAUGAUCCAGCAGAUCUUGGACACCCCACAGCGAGAGAUUGCGUUGAACAAUGUCACCGCGUCGAUGAUGUCCAAUAGAGGAUAUACUUCUCUUGCUGUGGACGAUAGAAACACAUUCGACGACGAAAACAAUGCCCGAGCAAAUGGAACUCGAUUACUUGCCCUAGAGACUAGUUUUCUCAAUCAAUUGACCAGCACGACCUAUCUGCCACGUUUCGACUGUACGUUCCCCAGAACCCACUGCGAGUUCAAUGAUAUUACAAUGCUCGGCCUAUGCAGCAACUUUUCAGAUGUCACUGAUAUCACCACGCAUGAGUGUGAGCAACACGCCUCAGGCGUACGUGAUCCGGCUCAUUUCCUCACUUGCAAUUUCACGGUCCAAGGCGUGAUAACCUACCGCAACUUGACCCUGAAUUUUGGAGCAGGAGAUCUGGGCACCGACGUCGGCUACGUGUACGAUAACUUCCGUUCAAUACUUGAAAACCUCGAGUUACUAGAUGAUCCGCCUGUUGUCCAUCAACCGGUGAAUGUUGCUCGCCUGUUCACCAUAAAAGUCGUUGGAACUGUCAACGGCAAUGACUUCCUCGAUGACACGUCACUCGGCAUACCGGAAACACGGGUGACAAUGACGAACUGGUAUUGGUGCCAACAGAAUUACUCGAAGGUUGUAUUCGAUGGACGUAGUGGCAGUAUCUCUGAAGCCAGUGGCUUCAAGACGGCCCCGCUGCUGUUCGCUCCCAGAAGCGGCAUUUUACCCAACGAAUACAUAUUUGCCUCGAACGAGGAGUUGGCUUCAUUUUACGACGGCUCCUCACUUCAGGAGGUGCAAGGCUCAUACUCGACCAACUUCUUCCGCGUCAAUAUGCACAGUCUCUUCGGUCUUCUUGACACCAAGUGGCCACAGUACCUGGACCCCAGUAUUAGGGCCACACUACAUCCGCAAGUCUCGGUGGGCUCGAAUUACGUUAAUAAUGGAGAUUAUGUGCUUGAUGCUAUCGGCAUGGCCAGCUUCAUGGUGAACGCUGACAUCAGUCAACUAGUCCAGAAUAUAGCCACGGCAGUGACGAACCAAGUGCAACUGAGUGCGUACAAUUCAAACAACAACACGACGCAAGGUACCGUAUAUGCAAUUGUCCCAUAUUACCAUGUGCGCUGGGGAUGGCGUGUGCUGCCAUUACUGGAAGCUGUGGCUGCCGCCGUAUUGCUGUGCGUCACUAUCUGGCUCAACAGAUUGCCGUUGCUGAAAUCAUCAAACGUUGGGCUGCUGGCGCAUGGUCCUGAAGAUGCAGUUUCCUACCGAGUGGCCGGUUUGGAAACGGCGAACAAGUGGGUGACAUUUGGUGAUCAGACCACGGUGAUGCUGCUGGAAGAUGAGAAAGGAUGGACCAGGCUGACCCCAAGCUGA